AAACAAUCAUUUCUCCUUCUCUCUUGCUGCAUUCUUGCAGCCAUUGCAAACUACUGUGUGAGCUGUGAUUGGUCACAGCUUGUCACAUGGUACAAGGCUGUUGUGAAUAGCCCUAUACCAUGUGACCUAUGUGAUCAUUCACAGAUUUCAUACGUAGUAAGCAAUGAUGUGAGAAGUGACAUCUUGGUUACUACUCUGCAUGUGAUCACUGAUUGGCCCAAUCAGUAAUCACAUGAUCGGGACCUCGCACAGAGGUCCCGUACGACGUCCCAGGGAGCGUGCACAGUCCAAAAUUGUGGGCGCCAUUUAUGA